CUCCAUUUUCAAUCUUGUGACAUCCCUUAUUUCAUAUGGCCACCUCCACACUCAAACUUACAACCCUUCUCUCUCUUACUCUCUCUCUACUUCUAACCCUGCAUUCUCCAACAUCAUUUUCUUUUGCUAGUGAAGAUGACGAUGAAGAAUACUUACUCGACACCCCAUUCGAGAACACGCGAUUGAGAAGCCGAUUCUUGGCGAAUAUCAAAAAGGGCACGAGGUGUGAUGCAGCGAAGAAUAAUGUGUGUAAUGGGAUAUCGGCAAGCAAAGGAGAAGGCCUUCUUUUUUGCUGCAAGAAGCACUGCCGGAACGUGUUAAGCGACAAAAAUAAUUGUGGAAUUUGUGGGCACAAAUGUAAACUAGGAGAGCGUUGCUGCCAUGGAACUUGCACCAAUGUUUUCUACAACCCUACAAACUGUGGCAAGUGUGAUAAAAUGUGUUCUUCGGGGGUCAAGUGUCAGUAUGGAUAUUGUGGGUAUGCUUAAAAGAAAAUUGUCGAAAAAAUAUUUUUUUUUUCUAAAACUUAAAAUGGUAAAUAAAGAUUUUACCAAAUGCUUUUGGUUGAGAGAAGUUAGAUAUAUUUUGCAUACGAUUUGAGUCAAGUAUUUUUCAUGCAAUUUACAUGUAUCGCUCAAAUUAUAUCAACUGUAAAUUAUAGA